GUGACUAGAGUAGAUGAUCUGCAUACCCAUGCAAACGUUAAACAAAUAACCUUCCCGACAAAUCAACUUCUAACAGAGACACAAUGGAGUCAAUCAUGCUGAACAACUGCUGACCUAAGAGUUAUGUUUCCCUGAAUGAGAGACCCUGGAUGGACUCAUAGUUCCACUCAGCAACUACAGAGGAAUGGUGCUUCUCAUUGUGAACCUUGCCACCUUUUGAGGGUCAACAAUAGAGGAGUACCACAGGUUGAAUGCACUAAUGGAAAUGUUUGGUGACCGCAACUUCACUGUCCUGGGAUUCUCCUGCAAUCAAUUUGGUCUUCAGGCACCUGAGGGAAAUCAUGAAACUCUCAAUGUUCUGAAGUAUGUGAGACCUGGUGGAGGGUUUGUCCCCAAGUUCCCUGUAUUUGGCAAGAUUGAGGUUAAUGGAUUAAAUGAAGAACCUCUUUUCACCUAUCUCAAGGACUCUUUGCCUUUUGUAAAUUCUGUUAUUGGAGAUAUAAGGAAAUUGUACUGGUCACCAAUUAAAGUCAAUGACAUACGUUGGAACUUUGAGAAGUUCCUAAUUAAUUCAGACGGGGAGCCUUUCAGACGAUAUGAACUUCAUGGCCCCAUUGAAGAGGUGGAGACGGAUAUUGCUGAACUUCUUUAAAGGAAAUGAUCUCAGAGGCAGUUUUGCCAGCAGCAGAUUGACGAUCCCUCAGUAAAUGCAGACCUGCACCUGAGUAGAUCUGAUGGGUGAAAGAAAAGGACUCAGAGUUUCAGUGCAUUCACUCCGAGGACCAUAUCAUACCAGCUGCUGGUGAUGGCAUUUGUCAAUAACAGGUGUAAAUGCUACA